AUGUUCCCUGCGCAGGACGCUCUGCCCCGCGGCGGGCUGAACCUGAAGGAGGAGCCACUGCUGCCCGCCGGCCUGGGCUCGGUGCGCUCCUGGAUGCAGGGCGCCGGCAUCCUGGACGCCAGCACCGCGGCGCAGAGUGGCGUGGGCCUGGCACGAGCACAUUUUGAGAAGCAGCCUCCCUCCAACCUCAGGAAAUCCAACUUCUUCCACUUCGUGCUGGCCAUGUACGACCGGCAGGGGCAGCCCGUGGAGGUGGAGCGCACAGCCUUCAUCGAUUUCGUGGAAAAAGACCGAGAACCUGGGGCUGAAAAGACCAACAAUGGGAUCCAUUACCGCCUGCGGCUGGUAUAUAACAACGGACUUCGGACGGAACAAGACCUCUAUGUGCGCCUCAUCGACUCCAUGUCCAAGCAGGCCAUCAUCUACGAGGGGCAGGACAAGAACCCCGAAAUGUGCCGAGUGCUGCUCACCCACGAGAUCAUGUGCAGCCGUUGCUGUGACCGGAAGAGCUGUGGCAACCGGAAUGAGACUCCCUCAGAUCCCGUCAUUAUUGACAGGUUCUUCCUCAAGUUCUUCCUCAAGUGCAACCAGAACUGCCUGAAGAAUGCCGGGAAUCCCCGAGACAUGCGCCGCUUCCAGGUGGUGGUGUCCACGACGGUGAGCGUGGAUGGGCACGUGCUGGCUGUGUCCGACAACAUGUUCGUGCACAACAACUCCAAGCAUGGUCGCAGGGCUCGCCGCCUGGACCCAUCUGAAGCUGCCACCCCCUGCAUCAAGGCCAUCAGCCCUGGGGAGGGCUGGACCACGGGCGGCGCCACCGUCAUUGUCAUCGGCGACAACUUCUUCGACGGGUUGCAGGUCGUGUUCGGAAACGUGCUCGUGUGGAGCGAGCUCAUCACGCCCCACGCCAUCCGGGUGCAGACGCCCCCGCGGCACAUCCCUGGGGUGGUGGAGGUGACCCUCUCCUACAAGUCCAAGCAGUUUUGCAAGGGAGCCCCUGGCCGCUUUGUCUACACAGCCUUGAAUGAGCCCACCAUCGACUAUGGAUUCCAGAGGCUUCAGAAAGUCAUUCCUAGACACCCCGGAGACCCCGAAAGGCUGCCCAAGGAAGUGCUGUUGAAGCGGGCGGCCGACCUGGCGGAGGCGCUGUACGGAGUGCCCAGCAGUAACCAGGAGCUCCUCUUGAAGCGCGCGGCGGACGUGGCCGAGGCUCUGUACAGCGCCCCCCGAGCGCCCGCGCCGCUCGGACCCCUGGCUCCGAGCCACCCACACCCCGCGGUCGUGGGCAUCAACGCCUUCAGCAGCCCGCUGGCCAUCGCCGUCGGGGACGCCACGCCCGGGCCCGAGCCAGGAUAUGCACGCAGCUGCAGCAGCGCGUCUCCCCGCGGGUUCGCGCCCAGCCCCGGCUCGCAGCAGAGCAGCUACGGCAGCGGCCUCGGAGCUGGCCUCGGCGGCUAUGGCGCGCCGGGGGUGGCUGGCCUUGGCGUGCCCGGGUCCCCUAGCUUCCUCAAUGGCUCUACAGCCACCUCGCCCUUCGCCAUCAUGCCCUCUAGCCCCCCGCUGGCAGCCGCCUCCUCCAUGUCCCUCCCGGCCGCUGCCCCCACCAGCAGCGUCUUCUCCUUCUCGCCUGUCAACAUGAUCUCCGCCGUCAAACAGAGGAGCGCCUUUGCCCCCGUGCUGCGUCCGCCCAGCUCUCCCCCUCAGGCUUGCCCCAGAGCGCAAGGAGAGGGGCUUCCAGACCAGCCUUUUGAGGAUUCUGACAAGUUCCAUUCUCCAGCCCGGGGGCUUCAGGGCCUGGCUUACUCCUAAUUACGGUCUGCAGGUUUGGCCUGUGCUGAGCCCAAGCUGGAGGUCCCGCUGGGAUUCACACUCACGUCCUGGAUGGGGGCACAAACAGAUGCAGGGCCGGGCCUACAAGCAGACCUCAAGCCAUGGGCUGAACACGGAGAGGCCUUCGUCCCUGUGUCCAAGGGCCAGCUAAAAGCCCCAGCACUGUGCUUAGAUGCGUGGCAGGAGGGCAUCCCAGGGACUCGCUCGGAUGCCAGGCCUAAGGUGCUGAGUCGGUCCCUCUGAAAGAAGUGGAUCCUGUGCAGUCCAGGGAGGUCGAGUGAGGGGAGCAUGGGAUGGGGGCUGUAGGAAAGAGGACAGCUCAGGGAGAGGUAACCUGGAAAGGUCCUGUUUGCAUCUGACCCAUCUCAACUGGCCCAGCAUCUCAGCUUCUCUCCAGCGCCAGGUGGAGGGGCCCAGCAGCCUCGGUACCCCUUCCCAGGCUCCCAUGGAGCCUCCAAUGGCUGCUGGCCCCCCGUGGUUGCCCCCACUUCCUUUGAGACCUGCAUACUCAUGCUUGUCACAUCAUGUCUCCCUGUGGGGCUUUGGGCACGGAGUAGGCAGAAGAGGGGCACAGGCCUUCUGAAUUUGGAGUCUUCCCUCUGCGGAUUCUGGAUUCACACACACUGACUCUGGCUGGUCCCAUGGAAUGGGCCCAAGUGACCCCUAGGUGGCCUCAUACUUUACUAAAUUUGGAGAAAACAAUAAACCAGAUGCAGGUGGCCACCUGGCCUCUCUUGCCUAGUUCCUUGUGGCUGCUUUACUCAGCCAUUCUGUGGCUCUCGUGGGAACCCUCCAGACCAUGCCUCUAGGUGGCCUUCUUGUACCUUGGGCUUUUAAAACAGCCCUAGAGUUCAACUAAGCAAGUAUUCAUUGUCUUCUGUCUGCCCUUGGGUGCUGUGGGGGUGCGUGAGGAACAGGCUAGCAGGCCUGAGGGACCUACAGAUGGGCUCUGCCCCGGGAGCUCUGGCCACUGAGGACUCAGCCCCCAGCUGUCUGACCAGAUCCAAUAUGGGGCACCUUGGGUCAUUACUGGGAACCAGGACUUCUGGUUCUGUGUACCCUGUGUACCCUAUCCCAGGGAUAUAGAAGCUCAGAAGUGAGAUCCACGCCUGAACGGAGGCUGUACGUUCUCACUGCGGGGUUCCGGAGCUGCCUCUCUGAGCUACACCCACCCCAUCCCUCUUCUCCAGGCCCCAGCCCCUUCUGGCUCACCUGUCUCAGAGAGUGAGAGGAGGGGUGGUACGAAGGCAAGAUUCCUAGGCUCAGUCAUCUCCCCACUCACCGUCCCUCCCAGUGGUCCCUGUGACGUGUCCCCUGUCCAAAAACCUGCUGUCUGACCCUGAAAGCCACUUUUUGACACACUAUCCAGUGAGCCCAGUGUCCAGCCCUAGGCCUCAGGCUUUCCCGUCUCACCUCAGCUUCUAGAAACCCUGUUUCUCCCAACCCACACACCCACCCUCUGCAGGCUCCAGGCAAACACGCUUGACAAAGCAGGUGGGCUGGUCCGGUCCUUCAGAGGCUUUCAGUUCUUUCUCAGCUGCUCUCAGCCAGCCCUGCUCUUGGACAGCCCCUGGGAUUCCUCUCACCUGGUACCCAUGACAGGGGUCACCCUGCCCUAUUCUCAGCACUCACCUGGCCUCCCCCUGCGCUCCUGCUCGUGGCCCGUGUUACAACACUAACACCUGCCUGCCCAAGCCAUGCUCCAUUCAGCUCCAAGCCGUCCCUGCUGCCAGGCCCCUCCCAGACUGAGCCACUGCAGAACUCGAAGAUGCACUGGACACAGGUGACUGGACAGUGGUCACACACUGGUUCCUGGGGUGGGUCAGGUGCCAUCAUUGCUGUGAGACACAUCUGUCCUCAAUGAUCUCACCAGACUGCUCAAGCCACCCUUUGAGCAGCACAGCCUUCUUCAUCCACUGCAGACGUUUCGUCAAGCAGGAUGUUUGCUGUGGGUCGGAUUAUGUCUCCCCGGAGUGCGCAUGCUGAAGUCCUAACCUCCCAUGUAACUGUAUUGACGAUAGGGCCUUUAAUGAGGUGAUCAAGGUUGAAUGAGGUCAUAAGGGGAGUUUUAAUCCAAUAAAACUGGUAACCCCCACCUUUUUUUUUUUUUUAAGUUAUGCUAUAGGACAGACACAUGUGCUCAUC